AUGGACGGCCUCCUGGACCUCUGCCUCCUACAGCACCAUCCACAGCCUCCUGGACCUCUGCUUCCUACAGCACCAUCCACAGCCUCCUGGACCUCUGCUUCCUACAGCACCAUCCACAGCCUCCUGGACCUCUGCUUCCUACAGCACCAUCCACAGCCUCCUGGACCUCUGCCUCCUACAGUACCAUCCACAGCCUCCUGGGGUUCGUGGACCCCCUGGAGACCUGACCCAGCUCCAGACAGACCCCGACAGCAGCCUCCCUGUCCUCUUCAGAUCCCCACGCCCACGGCCCGGACCAUAGCCCGGACACAUGCCUGA